AUGUCUUUGGGCAUAAAAGUCUUCAUCCUCUUCCUUUUAGUCCAAUCUUCCAUGGCAAAAUAUUGGGUAGAUAAAAAUCCUUUUGCCAAGAUAAAACCAUUCAAACCGGACCAGUCAGAGAUUGACUAUUUGAGUAUCUUCAGAGGUAUGAUUCGAGGAUGGCAAAGAGAAGCGGAUAAACAAUAUCCACUUUGGACACCUACCAAUUACAUGAACCGAGCUAUAUUCCUACAAAAGAAAGUUCGAGGUUAUGUUCGGCUUUGGGGGGCAUGGAAGAAUCAUAGGGGAUACCCGUAUGGUGACUUGCGUAACAAGCUUCAAGAUGACUUGUGGCCAAUAUCAUAUAGUAACUAUUGUCGUCAAUCUGAGGGUAAAAAUCUCUUGACCUCUCUUGUAUAUGGCCUUAGUACAGAAGCUGGCAUGCAGGAUUGA